AUGCAGCAGAAUGCACGUAGCGAGCUCGGAAAGAAAACAUUAUGCACUAAAUGGGUUGCCGCCGAAGAAGGUCCAAUGAAUGAAAGGGUCGAAAGUAGGCUAAGUAAAAUAAAUCCCUUGUCCAGUACUUCAUUGUAUGAGGUAACGAUGUUACCCGCAACGGUUGCUGGUGAAUAUCCUCCACCACCACUGGUCGGUAAACCGUUUGCACAGACCGCGAUACCGUAUUCCGUACUAUUCGUCGUCGGUACAUUGGGAAAUACUGCCGUUCUAGCAUAUGUAUUUUUUAUUACGAGAUCUCUUAAAUCAUCUGUGACCGCCCUUGGCAAUACUUUUAUAUAUGUUGUGGCAUUAUGUGCGGUGGAUUUGCUCGUUACGGUAUCGAUACCGUUCUCGUUAUCGAAUACGAUACUUAAUAAUUGGGUAUUCGGUGAAUUCGGAUGUAAAUUACAUUGGGCUGUCGAGCUAUCCAACAAGAUGUGCUCAACGUUCAUUCUAACAGCAUUGGCUUUCGAUCGAUACAUGGCCAUAUGUCAUCCGGAGAAUAAGCGGGUUAGUGCGUAA